ACGAGCGAAGAACAAGCAGCUGUUCUUUAGGGAACCUGCUGAUUAUUUCCAACCGAGAGGAAAACAACAAAUUGGAGUAAUGAUUGCGCAAAGUGUAAUCAGUAAGCUGCGUCCUUGUGCCCGCCGCCUGGCCAGCACGAGCUCGAAGGCGGCAGCGGCCAAAUUCAACUGGCAGGAUCCCCUGAAUCUGGAGAGCCAGCUGACCGAGGAGGAGGUGGCCAUAAGAGAUGCCUUCCGCGGAUACUGCCAGUCGGAACUGUUGCCGCGCGUCAAGCUGGCCAAUCGCCUGGAGCAGUUCGACAAAAAGAUCAUGGAGGAGAUCGGCAGCCUGGGAGUACUCGGAUGCACCCUGCAAGGCUAUGGCUGUGCUGGAGUGUCCAGUGUGGCCUACGGUCUGCUCACCCGCGAGGUGGAGCGUGUGGACUCCGCCUACCGAUCGGCCGUGAGUGUUCAGAGUUCCUUGGCCAUGGGCGCGAUUUACGACUAUGGUUCCGAGGAGCAGAAGCAGCGCUAUCUGCCCAGCAUGGCGCAGGGCAAGCUGAUUGGUGCUUUUGGUCUGACCGAACCCAAUCAUGGCAGCGAUCCUGCCGGCAUGGAGACGCGUGCCAAGUACGACAGCAAAACCAAGACGUACAUCCUGAACGGAUCCAAGACCUGGAUCACCAGUGCUCCCAUCGCCGAUGUGAUUGUCGUCUGGGCCAAGUGUGAAGACGGCAAGGUUCGCGGUUUUCUGGUAGACCGCAAGAUCUCCGGUCAGGGCCUAGACACGCCCAAGAUCGAGGGAAAGUUCUCGCUGCGCGCUUCACCCACCGGUAUGAUCCUGAUGGACGAUGUCCGCGUGCCGGAGGAGCAGCUGCUGCCCAAUGCCCUGGGUUUCAGUGGACCCUUUAACUGCCUAAACAAUGCUCGUUAUGGAAUCGCAUGGGGCGCCUUGGGUGCCGCCGAGGCUUGCUUGGAAAUCGCCCGCCAAUACACCCUGGAUCGCAAGCAGUUUGGACGUCCACUGGCUGCCAACCAACUGAUCCAGAAGAAGCUGGCCGAUGCCACCACAGAAAUCGCUUUGGGUCUGCAAGCCUGCCUGCAUGUGGGUCGUCUCAAGGACCAAAAACUGCAUACGCCCGAGAUGAUCUCGAUGCUGAAGCGAAACAACACUGGAAAGUCCCUGGACAUUGCCCGCCAGAUGAGGGACAUGCUGGGCGGCAAUGGCAUCAGCGACGAGUACCAUGUGAUCAGGCAUGUGAUGAACCUGGAAUCGGUGAUUACCUACGAGGGAACCCACGACAUCCAUGCUCUAAUCCUGGGCCGUGCCAUCACAGGACUGGCAGCCUUUGCCAAUUGAU